AUGGGCAUCAUCGACUUCAUCAAAGAAAUCCUCCGCCCGGGAAACGGCAUUGACUACCCCAAAAAGGGCGACAUGGUCACUGUCCACUACCACGGGUACUUGCAUGAUCCGGCGCGGUCGUGGGGCCGGGGAAGGCGAUUCGAUAGUAGCAUCAAGCGGGGAUAUCCAUUUACUUUCCAGAUCGGGAUGGGGACGGUCAUUAAGGGAUGGGAGGUCGGGAUCUUGGGCAUGAGUUUGGGGGAAAAAGCGCUGCUUACGUUUGGCCCGCAUUAUGGGUAUGGGGAGAAGGGCGCGCCGCCGUUCAUCCCGGGUAACGCGAAUCUAGUCUUCACGGUGGAAUUGUUGGCCAUCAACGGGCGGGGAUUAGAGUCCGGAAGUGACUCGGAGUGA